AUGGAUUACGAAGCGCUCAAGGAUCAAUGGAGCGAUGUGGAGGACCGUGAUGGCCUCAGACUCAGCUGGAACACCUUCCCAAGCUCUCGCAUGGAAGCUUCUCGGCUAGUCGUCCCCAUUGGUGCCAUUUACACCCCUCUCAAGGAGAAGCCAGACACCCCAAUCCUUCAAUAUGAGCCUGUUACUUGCAAGCAACCCUGCCGGGCUGUGCUCAAUCCAUUUGCCAAUGUCGACAUCCGCGCACGAGUCUGGAUCUGUCCCUUCUGUUUGAUGCGCAACCCCCUACCGCCGCACUAUAAGGAUAUCACGGAGCAGACGAUACCCCCAGAGCUCCACCCGACUAGCACUACGAUCGAGUACCAAUUAGCACGCCCCGCCCCGGCUCCCCCGAUCUUUCUCUUCGUUGUCGAUACUUGCCAGGAGGAGGACAGCCUGCAGGCGGUUCGGGACUCGCUCGUCAUGAGCUUGUCUCUGCUGCCGCCCAAUGCGCUCGUCGGUCUGAUUACCUACGGCACUAUGCAGGUCCAGGAGAUGCUGGGCCUCGUUGCUGGCGCCCCGCGUCCUGGCAUGCCCCCUCAGCAGCAACCGCAACGUCCUCCCCUUGGCCCCGCUGCCCGCUUCCUCCUGCCCGUCCAGCAGGCCGAGUUCCAGAUCACCAAUGUCCUCGAGCAAAUGCAACGCGACCCAUGGCCCGUGGCCAAUGACAAGCGCCCCCUCCGCUGCACUGGUGUCGCCCUGAGCGUCGCCGUCGGCUUGCUCGAGACUUCCUUCCAGAAUGCUGGUGGCCGUAUCAUGGCCUUCCUCAGUGGUGCGGCCACCGAAGGCCCCGGCCACGUUGUUUCACCUGAGCUGAAGGAGCCCAUCCGUUCGCACCACGACAUUGAUAGGGAUAACAUCAAGUACUACAAGAAGGCCGUCAAGUUCUACGAUGCUCUCGCCAAGCGUGCUGCGAACAACGGCCACAUCGUUGAUAUCUUUGCCGGCUGUCUCGACCAGGUCGGUCUUCUGGAGAUGAAGAACCUCUCCAACUACACUGGUGGUCACAUGCUCCUCACGGACAGCUUCACCUCGUCUCAGUUCAAGCAAUCAUUUAUUCGAGUGUUUGACAAGGAUGCCAAUGACAACCUCUUGAUGGGCUUCAAUGCCUCUCUAGAAGUCCUGACCACCAAGGAACUCAAGGUGACUGGUCUCAUUGGUCACGCUAUCUCUUUGAACAAGAAGUCCAGCUCAGUCGGUGAGACCGAAUGUGGUAUUGGUAACACUUGCGCUUGGAAGAUGUGCGGUAUCGACCCGUCAUCGAGUUAUGGCGUUUACUUUGAGAUUGCCAACCAAGGCGGCCCCGCCGCUGUGCAGGCCGGUCCUCAGCGGGGUAUGAUGCAGUUCUUGACAUACUACCAACACUCUUCUGGGCACUAUCACCUGCGUGUGACUACUGUCGCACGACCCCUCAGUGGUCCCGCUGGCGAUCCCACAUUGGCUCAGUCUUUCGAUCAGGAGGCUGCUGCGGUGCUGAUGGCCCGUAUUGCCGUCUUCAAGGCUGAGGUUGAUGAUGGGCCCGAUGUCCUGCGCUGGGUGGACCGCAUGUUGAUCAGAUUGUGCUCUCGGUUCGCCGACUACCGCAAGGAUGAUCCAACAUCAUUCCGCCUGGAGAAGAACUUCACCCUGUACCCACAGUUCAUGUUCCACUUGCGACGAAGCCAGUUCCUGCAGGUGUUUAACAACUCCCCCGACGAGACUGCUUUCUACCGCCACGUCCUGAACCACGAGGAUGCCGGUGACUCGCUGGUCAUGAUCCAGCCCACCUUGGACUCGUACUCUCUCGAGCAGGAGGGUAGCCAGCCCGUCCUGCUGGACUCUGCCUCCAUCCAGCCCGCGCACAUCCUCCUCCUCGAUACUUUCUUCCACAUCCUCAUCUUCCACGGCGAAACGAUUGCCGAAUGGCGCAAGGCUGGGUACCAAGAGCAGGAGGGCUACGAAAACCUCAAGGCACUUCUGGAGCAGCCCAAGGAGGAUGCUAGGGAACUCAUUGCGGACCGUUUCCCCCUGCCUCGAUUCAUUGUUUGUGAUGCCGGUGGCUCUCAAGCCCGUUUCCUGCUGUCCAAGCUGAAUCCUUCGACCACGCACACCACUGGUGGAUAUGGUGGUGGUGUGUCCUCCCAGACCAUCUUCACUGAUGACGUCUCGCUGCAGACAUUCAUGGAUCACCUGAUGAAGCUGGCGGUGUCCGGUACGAGCUAA